CUCCUCAGUUGGGACGACCAGGCUCGGAAGUAUGCGACUGUCGAACCCGUUAAAGUGAAGGGCCAGGUUGCUAGACUCUAUCGAUACAUUUUUGUUGUUCGUCGUCACAUCGACAAGAACUCUAACGAGGCGACCUAUUAUAUUGACGUUGAAUCCGAGCUCUUGCGAGGUAUUUUGAGAGACGUUCUGGAUCUCGAGGGGAUAAGCUUCACUCCAGUCAAGCUCGACCGGAACUUUCUUUAUACCAUGCUCGAUAAGCUUGAGUCGUGCCAGGCCUGGAAUGCGAUUGCUCCACUCGAUCUACAAGAAAUAGAGCACCUCGGGUUGCUCGUGGACUACCUCAAAAGCGCGUAUGCAGACACGACCCACAACUUGUUGUCGCUGCUAUCUGAUAACCACAUUACGUACGACUUGCUCUGGGCCCUCUUCAAGCCGAAUUCGUUGGUUUACACGACCUGUUCCGGAACGCAUAAGCCACGAUGUGUGAGAUAUAAUUUUGGCGAGGAGAAGACAACAAUAGGAGGCGCUAAGCACUGGAGUAUCAACUGCAGCUACCUCGAAUUUAACGGCGAAGACAUGGGCUCAGCCGUGAUUGAGCUAACAAUUUCGAAGUUCCGCGGGGCUAAGCGGAUCAACGAGCUAGAGGCAUUCCCUCUCCAGUAUCAUGCCGGAGGUACAGGCAUCCGGGCUGAGCUUCUCAGGUGCGGUCGAAUGUUUAUGCGCCUAAGGGGUACUCACCAUUGCCACUGCAGCGGCUCGGCAUUUUAUAAGCAGAACGGAGAGCUGGUGCAAGUACCGAUCGAUGGUCGCAUCAUGGUGGAUGCCGCCUUCUUUCGGAAGAUGAAUCCAAAGAAUCCCCAGCCAAGGAUCUUUAAUGACCCCGCCGCGAACUGGGAACUACUUGGAUCUGCUGACGAUGUCAGUGAGACGUCGCUUGGUAGCUUUGACAGUGUUUCGCGUGCUACAUCCUUUGGGCUAGCAAAUGAGUUAUUCAUUGACCAAACCCAAGGCAGCGUGGCGGACGAAAAUCUCCUUAUCUGCUGUCCGACAGUGCCAGGGUUCAGUCUCCAAGACAAGUUGUGGGUGGAAAUUGCGGUGGCUGAUAUCACGGAGAUCGAGUGGUCUUCUGCGCCGUUUGACGGCUUAGCCCUGCCCGAUGAUCAGACAGAGACUAUAUUGGCUGUAACCGACACCGAACAAGACUCCGGAUUUGAUGAUAUUGUCGAGGGGAAGGGGCGCGGUAUCCUUAUUCUCUUGCACGGCAAUCCAGGGGUAGGAAAAACUUUGACAGCUGAGGCAGUAGCAGAACAUCGAAAAAAACCAAUAUACUCGAUAUCUGUCGGAGAGUUGCCCACCGAAGCAGGUAGACUCGAAAGCCAACUCUCCAGAAUCUUUCAGAUCGCGAAACAUUGGGAUGCAAUCCUACUCCUCGAUGAGGCAGAUGUGUAUCUUGAACAACGCACACCUCAGGAUCUAGUACGAAAUGGCCUCGUCUCAGUAUUCCUCCGCGUGAUGGAAUAUUGCCAAGGCAUCAUGUUCCUCACAACAAAUCGAGUGUCACAGUUUGAUCCAGCAGCACUCUCCAGAAUACAUUUGAAGCUGAAAUAUGAUGACCUGGAUAUAAAUGCGAGGCGUCAGGUUUGGAAGAAUCUCCUCGAUCGAGCGGGGACCUCUGAAGAGCCGGUCAACAUCUCCACCGAUGUACUGGAGAGCUUGAGCAAAACUCUUCUUAACGGUCGAGAGAUCAAGAACAUAGUCUCAAUAGCUCUCAAGUUAGCCUCCUACCAAAGGAGCAGGGUCUCUUUCUCACACCUCCAACAAGCUGUAGCCGCGAGCAAGGCAUUUAUGGACGAAUUCAAUGGCACUGAACAUGUCAGCAGCCUCUUUAACUAG